AUCGUUCUUCUUAACCUUCGAACGGACCGGACGAUCGCAUCAACACUUUACUCGCCAUUUAACGCCUCCCUCGACUUGAACCGAAACGACACGAGUACAGCAGAUCAACAAACGACUUUGCUUCUCUCGUAUUUGCUUGUUCGAUUCAAUAUCGCCUGGUCGAUUAUGUCUCGUUGCGCCUCCUAACCAACCUUCUUUUUCCUCCGAGCUAGCCUCUGAACCCACACUCGUUUCUCAAUAACAUCGCUUCCUACGACUUCACUUUUUUGGAUAUUCGAUACAACAAACGAACCUUCCCCCCCCUCUUCUUGUCCACAUAUAAGAAGAACCUAACAACAACUACAUCAUCUCUUUCUUUCUUUUCGCAGAUCGCUAUCCGAGUUGUAUUAUUGCCAAGCAUUUGCCGAUAAUCCACACCUUAAACUAAAGCGAUCGACACUUUUCAACGGUCAACCAUCAAAAAUCAUCACGACCUUUUACCAGUAUCUUCUUAUUAAGUCAUCGCCAUGAAGGAAAGAGCCGGAUAUCUCAUUGCCAGGGAUCUGGACGAGUUAAGCCAUGCUUUCCAACUUGUCCCCCGAAGCAAGAGUUGUGUUAAGUGUGACGAUGCUACCCAGCUCGAGUGCCCCAAGUGUGCAGACAAUGAAGUUUGCCAGUUUACUGUUCCACUAGACUGCACCAUGUGCGCUACAUCGAUCUGUGAGAAGGACUCUAGUUCAUCCAGUGACAGCGGCAGCAAGGGCCCAAACGUCGGUGCCAUUGUUGGUGGUGUCCUGGGUGGUAUUGCUGUUAUUGCCAUCGUUACAUAUGUGGUAUGGAGGUUCUGCAUUAAGCCGAAGCGAUCGCACAUUCCCGCAUCUAUCUACGUCGAGGACACAGACGCAAUCCACGAGAAGGAUGCUGGCCCCAGAGGAAUCCGCCCACCUUCUACGCACACUGUUCACUCGAUCGCCUCGACCGUCCUCACACGCGCAUCCAAUAUCAUCCAGAUCGCAUACAUCCCUGGCGUUACAAACCGAGCGACUCCGACCUCGCCAAAUGUUCUUGUUCCUCCCGUUCCUCCAAUUCCCAUGCACCACCACGCCGAGGCCAACAGGAGUCUCGGAAACGACGAUCAGCACUUCUUUGUUCCCGGUGACCUGAGAGACUCUACUUACUCAGGCCUGUCAGGAUACUCGGACCGAACAUCAUACGCUCGCACAUCCUACGCUCCUCGAUCCAGUGUGGCUUCUACAAUCUACGGCAAGCAGGCUCAGGUUCUCACACCUGCGCAGACUGGUAUGCGUGCCAAACCUACCAUGGUCAGCGUCAAGUCCAUCGGCACCAACGGCAACGAGCUCAUGGCACCACCAGUCCCGUCAAUCGACUUUGGGAAGUUUGGUAACAGUCGGCCCAAGAGCACUGCGAGCGCUUUCAGCGUCGGCUCGACGUUCCUCAACAGCGCCAACACUGCAACGCAGGCUCGUGCACAAGUGGUCAAGGUUGGAACUUUGAAGAAGGUCGACAUGGGAAGCAAGGCUGAGUCGGACACAAUGUCAUCAUCAUCAACGAUGGCACCAACACCGCCAAGAACACCCAGCGGCAACGUUACCCGAGACUCAAGUAUCACCGUUAUCGAAGAGUCACCCUCCGCGGACCAAGGUCCAUUCUCUGAUCCUCCAGACAGAAGUCCCCUACGCGCCAACAAGACCAGCCUUGGUGCCGUUAUGGAGGACCCUGUAAACGAAAACGAAAAGGGUCCUUCCCUUCUAAGGCGCGAUAGCUGUCCUUUCGGGGAUAAGCACGCCACAAAAGAGUAAUGAUACUAUAUCAUCUCAGUUUUAUAUAUUGCAAUUUUCUUUAUGAAGAGAUGUCACGAAAUCUAGCCGAAUGUUAGUCAAGGGACACGCUCCAGAAUCUGUCUUCUUAUUUUCCUUACCUUAUAUUCACUUCACGUCAAAUUAUUUGGAAGACAAACGGGAUAUGGCACCCAUUUUUUUAUGUUUACAUUCAGGAUAGCGGGGAGGGACUUGAGAUAUCAACUACGGCGUCUUGGAUAAGGAGCCCCGGCAAGGGCUCAUGGAUGCCAGGAAGUCAUGGCGAUCUCUAUGUGAAUAUCGAAUAGAGAUGAUCCGAUAAA